AUGGCAGACGACAAAGGGGAUGAUGAGCAAGUGGACUGGGAGAAGCGGGCAGACCUGUUGUUCAGGAAAAAGUCUGUGGACGCCAUCAAGAAGUGGGAGACAAAAACCAGAGAAGAAAUCUCUGGAAAGAAGCGGGAGCUCAGACAUCUUGUGGGAGGGAAGUACCGGGACUUUAUCGAUGCCGCUGACAGCAUUGUGCGCAUGGCGGAACUGACGCGCCACACAAGCAGCUGCGUCUCCUCCAUUCGAUCCAAAUGGCUCUCGGUGUCUGAGUUUCGGCAGCGGUUGGCAUAUCAGCCGGAAGUGGACGAGUCUGAAGUUGGCGAGUACCGCAUCGCGAUCCAGAUGAAGAUCCUCAUGGACGCGCCAGAGAAGGUGUGGAGUGCACUUGAACACAACAAGUUUAUCCAGGCAGCCAUGGUGUACCGCUUUGCGCAAUUUGUGCAUCACCGACUCCAGUCCGCGUCCUCAAAGCGCGUGAACACACGCGAGAUUAUCGACAAUCACUGGACUACAAUGGCGCAGUUCUCAGAGAGCAUCCAACAAGCGAGCGCACGUGUGCUGAGCAGUGUCGAUUCCCCACAGCAGCAGACAAGCGCCGCCCUGGCAGCAACACACCUCCUCUCCCAGUGCUCAACAGCCACCCUCCUGGACCGCUUCCUCUCUGCCCGCGCGUCUGCGAUUGCCGACACGCGACAGAGCACCAGUGGUGGCGAUAACAGCAAGUUGCAGGCGGAGCUGGCGUCUGACCGCCCGGGCGUGUGGGAGGCGUGCUAUGAGCAGGCAUUCUACCGCCGUGUGGAAUCUCUCAUCACAGACCACCUGCAACAAGCGCUUGGCUCUGCGCAGUCGGGCAUCGCCACCGCCGCCGCUCGAAACCCGCUGGGGCAACCGGAACAGCAUCUCGAUGUGCUGGACGCGUCGUACGCGAUCUUCAGGCAGCACAGCCUCGUGUCCCUGCUCGGUAUUGCUCCAGCCGCGGCAAUGAAUGCAAACACAGCAGUGGGGACUGCUGCUGCUGCUGCUGCUGCGGUGCUGGAGGACGGUCACGCACAUACGGACGAAGCGGCUACGGGAAAGACGGCGUUUCAGGUGCACAUGCAGCGUAUCACCGGGGGUGCAAACACGUGGGUGCUGGACGCAACGCACGCCUUUGAGGCUCAACUGCAAACCCUGGCACGCCACGUGGCCGCGUACAAUCAGACGGACGACCCAGCUGCCCCCGCCACCGCAGGCAUCGCCCAUCACACGUCAUCAUCAUCAGGCAGCGGUGGCCACCGCACAGGGUCGACAUCAUCAGCAUCGUCAACAGCAGCAGCAGCAACAGCAAAAGCAGUCGGGUAUGAAGCGUUGAGGGCACGCGGUGACCGCCUCCCAUUCAAUCUUCUCGCAGACGCCGACAAUGUGCGGCGCUUUGUACACACGCACACGCACGAAACCAUCAGCGCUCUGUGCGGAUCUCUGGAUGCGCUCGCCAUUCGCAGCGAUGACACCGGUCAACAGGACAGGUUCGUGGACGCAACUCGCGCUGUUGUUCUCGCCCGCAUCGCACACACACUUGCACGAUCACCAGCGGUGUCGGAGCUGCUGCUCUGUCCUGUCACCAGCGACACAUCCGCAGCGCGCGCUCGCCGCUUCAACAGAUCUGAUUACACACGCGCGAGACGCAAGGGCACACAGCAAAACACGGAGUUCCACCGACAUCUCGUUUCCUUGCAGCAGCGCCUGGACCGCAUCGCGUGCCAGUUCCUUGACACGUGGUUGCAGUGGACCCUCGAUGCACAGCUCGCUCAACUCAGGGCUGGACUGUUUGGGCUGGAGUGGAGCGACCUUGGGGUUGAGAUGGCGGCGUGGCAGGAGCACGAUGUCACGGAGCAGGCAGAGGACGGCCAGGCCAUCAAGUCAACCUUCAGGCUGCCUUCUCAACCGUCAAAGGUGCUGCUGACGUGUCUCACGGGCACGUGUGCAGAGUUUGCGCGAACCGGCCUGUCCACGCUGCCGUCAGAUGCACUCGUGGCCGCUGUCAAUGCACUCUAUGCACGGAUUGUGCAGGUGUACAUGGACUUGUUUGCAUCGGCCAAGGGUGAAGAAGGAGCAGACGAUGACAAGACACACCAGGAACAGCAAGGAGGAGCGAGCGGUACAGGUGACACACCUCACUCAUCACCAUCGUCGCCGUCACCAUCACUGGCACCUCACGGCCUGGCGAACGCGAGUCAGAACGCAUAUAUUCAGCUGCUGGUUGACCUGCGGUUUCUUGCGGACGUGUUUGCGUACUCACGCGACACAGCAGCCAACGACGCCAGCAUUCGUGGUCACGACACCUUGAUCCAGCGCUGCACGGACAACAUUGACCCGUUUGACAUGAACGUGUAUGCACCCCACCUGCAUCGCACGCGCGUAUCCGCCUAUCACCGCUGCGCAACACUCCUCGGGUACAUCACACAGCUCAAGCCAAUGCACGAGCAGGCCAGGCCCUCCAAUUCGGGCUCCGAUCGUGCAAAUUUGCUGAGUCAGGCGCCCGUCAUUCGCAGAUUUGCACCCCUCCCCGUCGCCGCAAAACCAUCGCUUGUCCGGCUGCCUGAUGCCACGGGCACUCUUGCGCAAUCGGAUGUGCGAACGUCCCUGGCAAAGACAUUCAUUGAAGCGUUUGCGGACGAAAGCGCCGACCAGAAUGGAAUGGACUCUACGGAGCAUGCACCGCAUCAGCAGACUGUCUCUUCACCCUCAACUCCGCAAACAACAGCCAGUACACAGAGCGGUGCUGUGCCUUCACCCCGUAUCGUUCACAUGAGCGUGUUUGAUGAGCUUGCAGCCACACCCACCACGCAGAGCUAAGGCUUCGUAAACUGUGUGUCUGUGUGUGUUCGUGCGUACGUGCCGUCCAUGUGCCUCUUUGAGAUUGUUGGCGUUGGGCUCUGUACGCACAGUAAAUCAGACCG